GGUCCAUCCAUCUGAUGGUAAGUUGGGAAUGUGUAACCCUAUAGUGAUAACUAUAAUGCCUUUUGUUUUUGGUAGAUGAACUUGGUAAGUUGUUGGUACAUGUAUGUUUGUGUUGUACAUUAAAAGCAAAAAAUAAUUGUAUUUAUAGCAGAAAAAGAUGAAGUAAGGGUGAAAGAGACGAAAGGAGACAGAGGAGAGAGGACAGAGGAGAAGGGGGACAGAGACAAGGAGGAGGGUGGAGAUAGUCAAAAGGAGAAUGGUAAGAUUAAAAGGUGAAACAUACAACUAUACAUGACAUUGUUUUUAAUAGAAUCAAACGGCUUAAUAGCUAUGAGAAGGACUAUUAAGCUAAAAAGCAAGCAGAAAGAAGGAAGGCCCUUAGACUUGGAACAGUUCAGGCCUGCUCUCCGAAGGCAGUUGGAACUCAUUGAAGAGGGCAGGAGGGAGAGGAUGGGGAGUAGUGAGGAGAUGGGAGAAGAAACAGAGACAGGAGAAGAAACAGAGACAGGCGAGGAGACAGGGACAGGAGAAGAGAAUGGGACAGGGACAGAGAGAGACAAAGGAAAAAAAUUUAAAGUAUCAAAAGAGCAUUAUUGAAAUGAGUAAUCACUAGAAUUUUUCCUUUGCUUAGAAAAAGCGAAGGCAACACAGAGGAGGGUGGGGUAAACGUGGAAAGCGUGGAAGAGGAGGGAGAGGAGGAG